AGAAAAAGAACAGAGAAUUUGAUGAGAGAUUUAGAGGAAAAGAGAAAGAAGAGUACUUGAGAGUCGGAAAAUGUGGAGUCGACCGAUAAUUUUGGCCGAUAAAUUUGAUUGCCUGAAUCUUACUCUCACAAAUUCCGCAUUUUUAGCUGCCUUUAGAUUUCCAUUUUGAAAAAAAUUAAUUUUUUUUCUUAUUUUACUGAUCUGAUCUAUUUACAGACAACUGGUUAUGAGAAAAAUCCGAAUAUCUCAGAUACUCUUCCUUUGCUCUUUAUAGCUUGCUUUAACUGUAUCUGUAUUUGUACAUUUUUGUGUAAAUAAGAUCCAAUUUUAUAUAGAUUUGUUUGCUGAAUUAUGGGUUUUUUGGUGUACAUUUAUUUAUUUAUAUUUAUCUCCAUAUAAGUUGCAGAUCUUGACUCGAUGACCUACAAGAUUUCAUGUAACGUACAAAUGGGGAAUUGGGUUUUUUCUCUUCUCCUUGAAUUUGGUUUUUUUCUGUAUUUUCAUUGAGUUUUUCCAUUUGGGGUUUUCUUUCCAAACCCUCAAGAUUAAUUGUAUUGUUUAGAGGAAUUUAUAUGGUUAUAAUGUGGUGGAUGGAUUCAAUGUCUAUAUAUAUAUAUAUAUUUGUCCUUUAGGUUUUACUUUUAAGUACUAGUGUAUAGUUUUUUUUCUUGAUCUAUGAAGACAAAGACGAACAUAAUGGUGAUAGAGGAGCAUACCCGUAAGUGUAGUAAUAGUAGUGGUGGUGGUGGUGGUGGUGGUGGUUCAAGUGGUAGCGGUGGUGGUGGUGCUACGAGUAGAGCAUCGAAAAAAGUGAAGCAGAAAAAAAUCCCACAAAGAGGGCUUGGUGUUGCUCAACUUGAAAGGAUUAGAAUGGAAGGGGAGAAAAAACAUGAAAAAGAUGCAAACUUUCAAACACCUAAUGUUUUGGUACCAAAUUCAGUUCAUUCCACCAAAACUAUGUCAAAAAGCUUAGCUGUUGAAGGUUCUAGUUUUAGGCCUAGUUCAAUCACUUUACCACCACCAUCAACAAUGGAUCUGCUUUCGAAAAAUAGUGUCUUUAGACCAAAUCUGUCUGCCUUAGUUCUUGAUGGUUUCCGUCCAAAGACUUUACAAUCGUCAAAACCAAUGAACAUGGGUGGAGGGGAGUUAAGUUGGUCGUCUGUUUCAGGUUCAGGGAGUGAUAAAUGUCCUAAAUUGUGGAGUUGUGAGUAUAGUCCUGAAAGAGAAAGCCAACAGGGAAAUCGCCAUGGUGUUGUUUUCGGGGCUAAUGUAGAUUUGCCGAAUGAACUGCAUAACCCCAUUUUACCUCUACCUAGUGUGCUGCAAAGAUCACAACAAUAUCAGCAACCUUCUUGUUCUUCAUCAAUGAUGAAUAUCUCAUCAGGGAUUUCAUCAUCAUCUGUAUUAAAUUAUCAGAUGGAGCCCCCUUCAAACCAAAAUUAUUAUUCGUGUAAUUAUUUACCGCUGUGGCCUGAAGAUGUGAAGAUGUUUGGCAUGAAGAGACCAUAUCCCUUCACUCCAGAGUUUCCACCAGUCCCUGCAUUUCACUGCAAAUUUCCUCCAGCCUAUGUUAACCUUGCAUCGAGAUCACCUGAAUCAGCUUCUUGCAGCAAUGAAUGUGCAACCAGUUUAGAAUCAGGAAAUCUGCUCAAAAGAGAAGCUCCUUCAGGAUCAAGGACUCUAUCCGAGUCCAAACCAAGGGAUGUUGUCAGACAAAAUAAAGCUCUCAAUGGAGAUUUUCUCACGUUGGCUCCUCCAACAGCCGCUUCUCCAUAUCAUCAUUCAUCUAAUUCAAACCUUCAGAGUGCAGAGAGAUUUACAUUGGAAUCAGUGACUUGUCAGGGAGUUGCUGAAGAACCUACUACAACAAGCUCAGCCCUAAGCAAAUCAGUUCAAGAAUCCAUCUAUGGAUUUUUCCCAACUACCAAGGUACAAAUCAGCCAAGAAGGAACAAACAAACGCAACUGCCACGUUGAAGUAGGAGGACAUGUUGAUCUCAAUCUGAAGCUGUAGAAGUUAGUCAUUACACUUGGUUGUGCGUCUUCUGGGAGAAUUUCUGUGUAUCUCUUCGUGAGAUGGCUAGUUGAAGUUCUAAGGUGUUUGUUUCUGCAGGGAUUUCAUACCACUCUGUGGUAGAACAACGUUCCUUCUGAUGAAUAUCUUUACCAUUUGUAGUUGAGCCUCACAUGUAAGUCAGAGCAUGAAAAGUAUGCCUCAUACUAGAGAGGGUUUGAUUAACCUCCGGGUCCAUGAUGAGAUGACGAGUGAGAUUUUGAUUGGACUUUUCAACUAGGAUGUCUGGAUUCAGGUCUUUCUGGUACCAUUGGUUCUUAGUUCUUAACUUCUGUAAACUGUUACUCUCUU